CGAGCUUCCGUUGACACUAGUGACUUUUGUGCGAAAGUGUCUGGGGGAAUUCUACCUUCAAAGGUUUUUCAUGUCAGGUUCUCAUUUCAUUGGCUAGUUUUGAAUUGACGCGAGCAUGUUGAUAAUUCAUCUGUCAGUUGUGUCGUGUGGUAAAUUUUGAUUUGAUUCGAUUUGUUUUUUUGUGUGGGUUUAAUUUCACGAUGAAUUUGUCUUGAAAACAAAGCACUUUUAUACACACUUUAACCCAUCGUUACUGGCGCUAAAACGGUUUUUCUGAAUAAUGGAAAACAUCAGGGUCCUUUUUAUCCUCCCCGAAGGCUGUUCCGACCAGACUCAAGCAUCUGAACUGAUGUGUCAAGCUUAUGAGUCAUGCCAACAAAACGUCGUCAACGUGUCUUGGCUGGAAGAAUCCAAACUAGACUCAACAGACCUGUCCAAAACCGACUUUGUCGUCUUCCAGGAUUUCAAAGGUAGAAAUUUUAACUCCCUGAAAGAAAGCAAGUGUGCCAGAAUUUUAGGACCGUGGUGCCUCCUAGUUUGCUUAAUGGAAGGCCGCUCCAUCCCGAAUUUCACGUGGCCUAUAUACAACGUCGCCAUGUCUGGAGUUGUCGUAUCAUGUUCACACAUCCUCAAAGCGCGAAAAUCCGAAAUUAAAGAGAAAGUGCAGCUGAUGGGGGGCUGCUACACUGACAGUCUCAUGUCCACGAACACCCACUUAGUCACAGAGAGCGUGAAGUCUGAAAAAUAUUUACAAGCAGGGGAAACCGGGUUAAAGUUGUACGUUUCUAAGUGGGUGGAUGCCGUAUGGGAAGCCAGUCAGACUAGUAAUAUUCACUGUGAUGAUGAACAAUUUAAUAAAUAUAAGUGUCCCCCGUUUCACAGUCUCACAAUUUCUUCAACUGGUUUUUCCAAUGUUGAAAUGAGGGCUGAAAUUGCGCAGACUAUAGCGAAGUAUGGGGGGAUUUUCACUGCCAAUCUGUCCUUAUCGACUACAGACGUGUUGAUAGUCCAUGGGGACAAUGGUUUGUUGAGCAAAAAGUACAAAGCUGUGAGGACUAACCCGAAUAUUUUUUGCGUGAGCGUUGACUGGGUUCAUGAUAGUAUAGCGAAAGGAUACGCGUUGCCGCAUAAGUUGUAUAAUGUUAAUAAGAAGGGGACUUCUACUCCGACUAGAGACGACGAGGCGGGGCCCGAUUUUUCGUUGAUUAGUGCCAUUGGUGACAUGUCUAGGAUGCCUAAUACUUUUGAGGAGUCUGUGAUUCCGAAAAGGCUGCAACCUAGUGUGCUCUUUCCUAAGAAAAUUUCUCCCAAUAAAAGAAAAUGUUCUGCGGCUGCCGACGUUGGGAGGCUGAUUGAUGGGUUGGAUAUUAAAAAGGCCAAGAAAGCUGGGCAGUAUUUGGAUGGAUGCAGUGUCUACUUGGCCGGAUUUAUCCCCGACCAGAGAGAAAAACUCGCCAAAAUUCUAAACCUGAGCGGCGCCACCCGGUACGACGACAUCUCCGACCGACUCACCCACAUCAUCGUCGGAGACACGACUUGUCCCGAAGUCAAAAUAAUCAAAACAAAAAACUACUCAGUCUCACUCGUCUCUCUCCAGUGGCUACUCGACAGCAUGGAAAACCAGCAAAUAGCCGACGAAGAAAACUACCUAAUCAACCUCCACGACUUCGACAAAGAGCAAUUCAGCUCCCCCCUCGGAAAAAAAGGCCUCAGCUUGCUGCGAUCCAAAAAAACCAUGACCUCCAACGACUUCGAAGCCGCCAGCACCAGCGCCCGGAACUCCCAAGACCUCGAGCCCGAGGACGACAUCAUGCAGCAGUACCUCAAACCCGCCUCCAAGAACGAAGACUCCGACACGCUAGCACAACUCCUCAAGAACAACAGCGACUUCAACUCGAAACCGGACGCCGCCGGCGACUCCAAGCGCACCACCGACCUGUCGAGCGAGUUUUCGCAGAGCUCCCAAGACGACAGGUCGACCCAAGACACCAACAUCUUCUACUCGAAGAAGUUCGUCAUCGUCAACUUCUCGAUGGAGGAGGCGCAGUACGUCAAGCAGCAAAUCGAGAGCGUGCUGGGGACGGUCAUGGCGAAGUCGUACAAGGGUAUCCCGGACUACGUGGUGGCCCCGGCGUUCGUCAAAGCCCCGGUUCAAGCGUCAGCCCUCGAGGUGGUCAACCAGUACUGGAUCAGCGAGUCCAUCCAGCACUGCGAGGAUCUGGAAAUUGAGUACUAUUUUCGCCCCUUUGUGGUCUGCGAUAGUAAACCUUUGGUGAAUUGCGUGGUCACGGUCAGCGGGCACACGGGGGCCGAGAGGAUUUUCCUGAAGGGGUUGAUCGAGACCCUCGGUGGCGAUUUUCAGGAUCAGUUUGCGCGGGUUAUGUGCGUUGAGAAAAAUGUUAAGGCGUCGACGCAUUUGGUGAGUUUGAGUACCGAGGGGAAGAAGUAUGUGGCGGCGUUGAAGUGGGGGCUGCCGGUGGUGGCGAAGGAGUGGUUGUUUGAGUGUGCCAAGAGCGGGAAGUUUGUUCCAGAGGAGGGUUUUCUGAUGGGUGAAUCUAAAGCGCCCAGUAGGAGUAGCAGUGUUCUUGGGACUCCUGUUAGCAGAAACAAGGUGGCGACACCGAUUGUUGAUAAGAGAAGUACACCGAUCGUUGAUAAGAGAAGUACACCCGUCGUUGAUAAUAGAAGUACACCCAUGGCUGAUAAGAGAUGUACACCCAUCGCUGAUAAGAGAAGUACACCGGGUUCUAGUACGUGGAGGAAGGUUUUGACGCCGGUCAGUCAACUUCAGCCUCUUGAUGUUUGCAAAAAUGAAAAAACUCCCGUAAAUCAGCGACUCUUUGAAGCCGUGCCAGAAACCCCAUGCACCCAAGUAACCCCCAUAAACAAACUGAUGGAGGAAGUCCGAAAAACGAACCUUUUAGGGACACCACAGACGCCCCCGAUGCCUAAAACGUGGUACGACGUAGACACCCCAGAAAGCCCAUUUGGCGCUUUCAUCAGGCCCCACUUAUCCCCAAAGUCCAAGAAAGAAUUAAUGCGAUACAUAAACCAAAUUCCGGAUUUCGUACCCCCACCUAAGGGAAGAAAAUCGACGCCACUAUCAGAGGUGAAACGCAGGUGUUGGGCGAAAUUACUAGGGUCACAGGAAAGUCCGCGCUUUACUCAGGAUAAAACGGAAUCAGCGCCAUCUACAAGUCACGUCGCAGAAUCAGAUCGAACUAAUAAUAUCAUAGAACAACACGAUGAAGUAGGUGAAGACAAAGAAGGCAUCAGCAAUGGUGACAUAGAGAUGAACGACGAUAGUUCUUUUAUCAACACAAAACUCAAACAAAUCGAAGAAAUGGUUAGUGCUUUUAGCGAGAAACGCAGAAGUAGCAGAACUUUCCAAGCGACUGCGUCGGCAGAAGUUGGCAAAGUGACCAUGAAAGAUUCGCAACCGUUCUCCGUCGGCUGGGACUACGAAGAAAACAUCCAAUCCGAGCCACUGCAGCCCCCAAUGCGCAUAUUUAUGAUAUCGGGGGUGGAUAGCGACCGCCAACAAAUGGUGGAAAAAAUCGAGCAGUUGGGUGGUCACGUGUCCGAACUAAGCUCCUACGAUUCCAAAUGUACGCACCUGAUUUGUCCGAAACCGGCGAGAAACGAGAAAACUUUGUCGUGUAUGGCGUCAGGAAAGUGGAUUUUGCAUAUUUCUUACGUGGACAAGAGUAUCGCUGCGGGGAAAUUUUUGCCCGAGGAAAAUUUCGAAUUUGGCAACCCCAAAGCGAAAGACAAUAUUAAGGAGACGUUCGACAAAGAGAACGACGCCAGAAUCCAGUCCAUUCAUUGGUGGAGAAAAGAAAUUUCUAGGAGAGGGUAUGGAGCUUUCAAUGACAUGCGCGCCAUUGUGGUGGCCCAAAGGCGGGACCCCAUUGUCAGAGUAAUUGAAGCUGGGGGCGGCCAAAUCGUGGAUGCUGCGCCACCGUUUAGUGAAAAUGUUUACGCCACGCACUGUUUACUCGAAGCCAGAAGUGUUCCUGAUUUUAGUGUUUAUAUUCCGUUGGCCCAACGGGGAAUCCUUUGUAUAAACACACUCUACAUUAGCGAUUUUUUAUAUAGGAUUAAUAAGGAUAUCAAAGACGCGAUUGUGCCACAUUUUUCGAAAUAUUACUCGUAAAGUAGGUUUUUUUUUAAAUAAAUAUUUAUUAGUA